UCGGCGGGGAGGAAGCAGAGGAGGAGGAGGAGGAGGAGGACACUCCUUGGACCCGGCUGGCUCCUCCUGCUCUCGCUCGAGGCUCCGACGCGCAGCCAAAAGCGAAUCCCGGCGGCGGCGCUCGGCAGAGGCUCCGACGGCUCCCGGCCCCGCUGCUCGCCCCGCGUCCCAGGCAUGGCAAGAAACCAGCAGGUGCAGAAGGCCAAGCUGGCCGAGCAGGCUGAGCGCUACGAGGACAUGGCCGACUUCAUGAAGGCCGUGGUGGAGCACGGCGACGAGCUGUCCAACGAGGAGCGCAACCUGCUCUCGGUGGCCUACAAGAACGUGGUGGGCUGCCAGCGCUCGGCCUGGAGGGUCAUCUCCAGCAUCGAGCACAAGACCGAGGAGGGCGACGACAAGGCGCAGGUGGUGAACGAGUACCGGGAGAAGGUGGAGCAGGAGCUGAACGCCGUCUGCAACAACGUGCUGGGCUUGCUGGACAAGUAUCUCAUCAAGAAGGACGGCGACACCGAGAGCAAGGUCUUCUACCUGAAGAUGAAGGGCGACUACUUCCGAUACCUGGCCGAGGUGGCCAGCGGGGACGACCGCCUGUCGACGAUAGAGAAGGCCCAGGAGGCCUACCAAGAGGCCAUGGACAUCAGCAAAAAGGAGAUGCAGCCCACGAACCCCAUCCGCCUGGGGCUGGCCCUCAACUUCUCCGUGUUCCACUACGAGAUCGCCAACGCCCCCGAGCAGGCCAUCUCCCUGGCCAAGACCACCUUCGACGAGGCCAUGGGCGACCUGCACACGCUCAGCGAAGACUCCUACAAGGACAGCACCCUCAUCAUGCAGCUGCUCAGGGACAACCUCACGCUAUGGACAGCCGAGUGUGCCGGCGAAGACGGCGGCGAGGCUGGCGAAGAGCCCAAGAACUGAGCGCCCCCUGCCCCGCUCCAGACCCUUCGGCAUCUCUUCGUGGUUUUUUUUUUUUUUGGUCGUUUUUUUGAUUUUUUUUUUUUGGUCGGUUUUGGUGGGGAGGAGUCUCAGCUCCCCCCAGCCUGGAUACCGGGAGUGGGGGUGGUUUUGGCAGGGUCCCUCCCUCCCUCUGCCCCAUCCUCUGCUCUGGGGAGGGGGAGAAGAGGGAGAGGGGGUGCCUCUGUCCCGGAGAGCUGCCAGCCCCCAGCUAUUUAACAUUUUUUUGUGGGGGUGUCCGGUCUGGCUUGUGCCGGCUCCAAACCCCCUGUCCCAGAGGGCUGGAGCAGCGGCAGGAGGAGGU